AUGUCUCCUACCUCGACCAAGCCCAUUCCUCCCACCAUCAACACCACCUCCCCUACCGCCGACACGCCUAAAUCCCCAAAGCCGACCUUGCCCGCUCUCAAGACACCUAAAACUGCGAGCCUACCCUCAGAGCUACCACGCAGCCCACUGCCCGGCCGGCUGGAGAUGAUCAAGCAAGAAGAGGAUGACAUCAAAACACCUAUCACACCACCACAAGCCUACACCGAAUUCCUCAGAACCCUCUCCCCUGCCGUCUCCACCCCUUCCACAGGUAGAUCGCCAAUGUUCGACCGCCUCUCCGGCAAAUCCACACCCAUCACCCAGCCCUCCAGUGCCAAUAGCUGUCUCUGCAGCAGCCAUGACAUCUCGAAAACAGACUCCGCACCCAUGAUCCCACCCUCACCAUUCAUGCGCCCUCCGAACUCAGCACGCACACCCACUCUCCUACGGAAACUGCGAAUCCCACAAUCACCAGCCUGGUCUCCCGCUACAGACUCGCCAAAAAGCAGCGCAUUCAGUAGCGCUCACCGCUCUCCGUACUCACCUGCCGACUGGGUCGUCGAUGGGAAAGCGAGAUACUUUGAAGGGCCCAGGUCGUGUACACAUAAGCCGGUCAGCGUGAGGCAGGUGAUUACGAAAACGGUGACAUACACGAGGUCGCCGAUCACGCCGCUUGAUCCGGCGCCGAAGGGGAAGAAGAGGCGGUUGGAGUAG